CUUACUAAAUCUGAGUCAUUAUGUUAAUACAAGAGAGUAACGAUAUUAGUAGUGGAGAGAACAACAGGGCACGAGCCUGUGAUACAUGCCGUUCAAACGUCAGCACCGUGUACUGCCAUGCAGAUUCAGCCUACUUGUGCAUGAGCUGUGAUGCUCAAGUUCACUCUGCCAAUCGCGUUGCUUCCCGCCAUAAACGUGUUGGGGUCUGCGAGUCAUGUGAGCGUGCUCCAGCUGCUUUUUUGUGUGAGGCAGAUGAUGCAUCUCUAUGCACAGCCUGUGAUUCAGAGGUUCAUUCUGCAAAUCCACUUGCUAGACGCCAUCACCGAGUUCCAAUUCUGCCAAUCUCCGGAAACUCGUACAGCUCCAUGGCCACUCACCACCGAAGCGAGAGAACAAUGGACGAUCAAGAGAAGAUGCCAGUGGUGGAUGAAGAGACAAGUAAGGAGGCUAAUGAGGAUGCCAAGGAGGUGGUGUCUUGGUUAUUCCCUAACUCAGAUAAAAAUAGUGGCAAUCAUAACAACAAUAACCAGAACAAUGUGUUAUUGUUUAGUGAUGCGUAUACAGACCUUGCGGAUCACAACUCAAGUAUGGACUACCAAUUCACAGGUCAAUACAAUCAACAAGAACAAGACUGUGGUGUACCACAAACGAGCUACGGUGGAGAUAGGGUGGUUCCACUUCAACUUGAAGAAUCAAGGGGACACCUGAACCACAAUGAACAUAAUUUUCAGUUCGAUAUCACAUAUGGCUCCUCAGGAAGUCACUACACCGACAAAGGUUCUCAAAACAAUAAUGCAUACAUUUCAUCCAUCGAAACUGGUGUUGUGCCGGUGUCAACAGCAUGUUUCACAACAGCUUCACAUCCAAGAACUCCCAAAGCGACAAUAGACAAACUACCUGACCCUCCAAGUCAGAUGGUAACCCAACUCAGCCCAACGGACAGAGAAGCCAGGGUCCUGAGAUACAGAGAGAAGAGGAAGACAAGGAAAUUUGAGAAGACGAUAAGGUAUGCUUCAAGAAAAGCAUAUGCAGAGAGAAGGCCAAGGGUCAAUGGUCGUUUUGCAAAGAGGAUAGAAAUCGAAGAUGAGGACCAUGGGUUCAACACAAUGCUAAUGUACGAAACAGGGUAUGGCGUUGUUCCUUCAUUCUGA